AUGGUAGAGCAAGUGGAUAAUGUGAAGCGUGCUGGCGAGGCCAUUGCGGAGGGGAGUCGGGCUCCACCGGCUCGGAGAGAGGCGUCGAAUGGCCAUCUAAAGCUUGGUGGCUGGGUUCCACAGUCAGCAUCUGAGGCGGAGAUCGAAAAGCUUCAUUGCCUCUUCUCGGUAGUCCUGGACUUGCUGAAAGAGCCGAUUGAAGCAUCGCGCCAGGAAUGGGCGGACCGCGCGGUAGUCGUCUGGAAUUGCUCCGGGACCCAGGUGACACCUAAUGCGAUUGUUUCUAAAAAAGGAGAUGGCAACUACAUGUCUCUCACUGAAGCUGUCAGUAGCAUUCCUGACAAUGUUCAAGGGAGACAUGUCAUAUAUGUAAAAGCUGGGGUUUACGAUGAAAACGUCGUGAUUUCGAAGCCAAACAUUACUCUAGUGGGAGAUGGGAUCGUUAUCCUGGCAGAUAACUUCAUUGGUAGAUGCAUUACUUUCGAGAAUACAUCAGGUGCAGAGAAAGAACAAGCAGUUGCAUUAAGAAGUGAUUGGGAUAAUUCAGUAUUCCAUCAUUGUGAAUUUUUGGGCUACCAAGAUACCCUCUAUGUGAAUGGUGGAAGACAAUUCUUCAGAGAGUGCAAUAUAUAUGGAUCAGUUGAUUUCAUCUUCGGUGAUGCACGAAUGGUUUUACAAAAAUGCAAUAUUAGAUUUCGGAAACCCAGGGGAGAAAAUGUGACAACAGCUCAAGGAAGAGAACAAGAGACAGAGAACACAGGAAUCAUACUUCAUUGCUGCAACAUAUCUGAUGCAAGUGAUUUUAAAAUGGGAGCAAAGAAAGGAUACCUUGGAAGUCCUUGGAAAACAUACUCCAAAAUACAGCUGAAUAUAGUGAGUACGACAACACUGGUCCUGGAGCCGCAUCUGCGGGUGCAAAUGGGUCGGAUCGGAUUCUGA